AUGGCCUCCAAGGAACUCACCUUCGCCGAGGUCGCCGGCCACAACACCAAGAAGGACCUGUACAUGGUCGUCCAUGACAAGGUCUACGACUGUUCCUCGUUCGUCGAUGAGCACCCCGGUGGUGAGGAGGUCCUCCUCGACGUCGCCGGCCAGGACGCUACCGAGGCCUUCGAGGACGUCGGUCACUCUGACGAGGCCCGCGAGAUCCUCGACGGUCUCUUCGUCGGUAACCUCAAGCGCAUGCCCGGUGACCCCGCCCCGCCCGCCGCCAACUCUGCCUCGUCCUCUUCCGGCUCCGGCUCCAGCUCCUCCGGCGGCUUCGGCGUCGGCCUCUACUCCGUCCUCCUCGUCGGUGGUCUGAUCGCCUACGGUGCCUACCAGUACCUCCAGAACUCCCAGACCCAGUCGCAGUAA